AUUAUGAUUAAUCCGUUCAUCUGAAGAUCAGAAAAUCGAAUGACGGCCGGAGGAGCGUCGCCGGCGGCCAACGGCCUGGAGCCGUGGAUGGACUUGAAAAACAAGGUCGUGAUGGUGACAGGUGCGUCGUCUGGCAUUGGCAGAGAAUUGUGCUUGGACUUAGCUAAAUGCGGCUGCAGAAUCAUAGCCGCCGCCCGGCGCGUCGACCGGUUGCAAUCUCUCUGCGAGGAAAUUAACAGUAGGUUUGGUUUGUUCAGUUCGAAUAAGGAGGGAGGCGGAGCUAGAGCGGUUGCAGUGGCAGUGGAGCUUGACGUGAGCGCGAGUGGCUCAGUUAUUGACGCCGCAGUCGCGAAGGCCUGGGGCGCUUUUGGGCGAAUCGAUGCUCUGAUCAACAAUGCCGGCAUUAGAGGUUCUGUACAUUUGUUGUUGGAUUUAUCCGAGGAUGAAUGGAAUGAAGUUACUGGAACCAAUCUAACAGGGACGUGGUUGGUAUCAAAGAGUGUUUGUACUCGGAUGCGUGAUGCCCACCAAACGGCCUCUGUGGUCAAUAUCUCCUCGAUUGCAGGUCUUAAUCGCGGGCAGCUACCUGGAAGUGUCAUUUAUAGUGCGUCUAAAGCGGCCAUUAACACCAUGACUAAGGUCAUGGCCGUGGAAUUAGGUCCUUAUAACAUAAGGGUGAACUCCAUUUCUCCCGGAAUUUUCAAGUCAGAGUUAACCAAGGGUCUCGUUGAUAAGCAUUGGUUCAAGACAGUUGGUUUCAAAACAAUUCCUUUACAAACGCAUGGCACAACUGAUCCAGCAUUGACAUCGCUCGUGAGGUACUUGAUCCACGAUACAUCUGAAUAUGUCACCGGUAAUGUCUUUAUAGUCGAUGCAGGCGCCACGAUUCCUGCCGCUGCCGCCGCCAUUGUUCUCCGGCAAUCGCCGCGAUCUGGUUGAUACGCCAGCACCAUUAGAUCUGCCUUGUCGUCACCGGCCGACCCCCCCAAAGUUUCUUUGCACAUCUGCCGUUCACACGCCGCCGAUACAAAUCGCAGCGGAAAUAUCUUUUUUGCCGCCGUCUUCUGGCCAUGCGUCCGACUAUCUCUGGCUGUCGUUUUUCGGCUGCUACCUCCUGGUUUGAUUUUUUACAUCGUUGUGUGGUUGAUUUGUCUUUGGAGUUGAUUUAAUUUUGCUAUUGUUACCGGUCUUUUGAUUUUGAUUUUUCGUCCGAGUUCGGCCUUUGAUUAUUUAUCAUGGUUCAGUACAAAACACUGUUUCUGACUACGUUGAGAGUCCCGUCGUCUUUCAGGCUCUAGUGACAGAUCCGUGUUUCCCGAGCUCCGGUGAGAGUUCCGUUAUUUUUCAGUUCCGUAUUUUUCGGCAUUGGUGAAUUUCGUGUUUUUCGGCUUUGGUGAGAGUUCCAUCGUUUUUCAGUUCCGUGUUUUUCGACUUUGGUAAGAGUUCCGUAUUUUCCAGUU